CGUGCCUUUGCUACGUUAUGUUGGAACGUACCAGUGCGCUGACAGUAGGAGGGGAAGUAUUUUAUUGAGGUCCGGGAGACGGAAAACCUGGCGGGGAGAAACGGUGUGACAUCACUGGCAGGUCUGACAUCACUGGCAGCCUCAUCUUGGAUCAAGCAUGGCCUUUAGCAAGGGAUACCGCAUCUACCACAAGUUGGACCCGCCCCCGUAUAGUGUCAUCGUGGAAACCAGGAAUAGAGACGAAUGCCUCAUGUUUGAGUCAGGGGCGGUUGCUGUGCUGUCGGCAGCCGAGAAGGAGGCCAUAAAGAACUCCUAUACCAAGAUGAUGGAUGCCUAUGGCAUUCUGGGAGUCUUGCGCCUCAACCUGGGUGACUCUAUGCUUCACAGCUUGGUGGUGGUGUCAGGGUGUAGUUCCGUGGGAAAAGUUCAGGACUCGGAGGUCUUCCGGGUCACAUCCACAGAGUUUGUCUCUCUGAAGAAUGACCCAAGCGACGAGGAUCGCAUCGCAGAUGUCCGGAAGGUUUUGAACUCCGGCAACUUCUACUUUGCCUGGUCGUCCAGUGGCAUCAGCAUGGACCUCAGCCUUAACGCUCACCGCAGGAUCAAAGAGGACACCACAGACAACCGCUUCUUCUGGAACCAGUCCCUGCACCUUCACUUGAAGCAUUAUGGGGUGAACUGUGAUGACUGGCUGUUGAGGUUGAUGUGUGGUGGUGUUGAGAUCAGAACGAUCUACGCUGGACACAAACAGGCCAAAGCCUGUGUCAUCUCCCGCCUCAGCUCGGAGCGGGCUGGAACCCGUUUCAACGUCCGCGGAGCCAACGAUGACGGUCAGGUCGCCAACUUCGUCGAGACUGAACAGGUGAUCUUUCUGGAGGACAAGGUUUCCUCCUUCAUCCAGAUCCGUGGUUCCAUUCCUCUGUUCUGGGAGCAGCCAGGCAUCCAGAUGAAGUCCCUCCCAGGGAUGUUGUUGCACCGGAAUGGAAACCAUCGGCAUAAGGGGCAACAACAGAACCUUCAUCUGGUGGGCUCACAUCGUGUCAAGCUCUCCAGAGGUUACGAGGCCAAUGCACCCGCUUUUGACAGGCACUUCAGUGCUCUGAGAAGGCUAUAUGGUAGACAGGUGAUCAUCAACCUGCUGGGCAUGAAGGAAGGGGAACACAUGCUCAGCAAAGCAUUCCAGAGUCACCUGAAGGCAUCGGAACAUUCCGGAGCCGUGAAGAUGAUCAACUUUGAUUACCAUCAGAUGGUCAAAGGGGGCAAGGCUGACAAACUCCACAGUGUCCUCAAACCUCAGCUCAAAAAAUUCCUGGACGAUUGUGGUUUCUUUUACUACUCUGGAGAUACCGGAAUUACCAGGUCUCAGAGUGGGACCUUGAGGACAAACUGUUUAGACUGUCUGGACCGAACCAACAGUGUCCAGGCCUUCUUUGCUCUGGAGGUGUUGCCUCAGCAGUUAGAGGACAUGGGUUUGUCGGAGAAGCCUCAGCUGGUUGCCAGGUUUCAGGAGGUUUUCAGAUCCAUGUGGACGGUUAACGGGGACUCUGUCAGCAAGAUCUAUGCUGGGACAGGAGCUUUGGACGGAAAGGCAAAGGGAGGGAAGUUGAAGGAUGGAGCCCGGUCUGUGACCAGAACUAUCCAGAAUAACUUCUUUGACAGUUCUAAGCAGGAGGCCAUCGACGUCCUCCGACUGGGCUCAACCCUGAAUUCUGACCUGGCAGACAAGGCCCGGGCACUGCUUACCACCUCCAGUCUUUACGUCACUGAGCCUAUCUUACAAUCAGCCUCUCCCAGAGUUCUCCUGGGCAUGUGUCAGAACCAUCAGCAGUACACCCGCCCCAAGCAGGUCAGAGUGGCUGUGGGGACGUGGAAUGUCAACGGGGGCAAGCAGUUCCGCAGUAUCGCCUUCCGGAACCAGACCCUGAACGACUGGCUUCUGGACGCUCCCAUGAAGGCCGGGCUCCCAGAGUUCCAGGCCAAUAAAGCUAACCCACCAGACAUCUUUGCAAUCGGCUUCGAGGAGAUGGUUGAGUUAAAUGCUGGCAACAUCGUCAGUGCUAGUACAACCAACCAGAAGUUAUGGGCUGCUGAGCUGCAGAAGAACCUAUCCCGUGAUCAUAAAUAUGUCCUUCUGGCGUCUGAGCAGCUUGUAGGAGUUUGUCUGUUCGUCUUCAUACGCCCUCACCACGCACCUUACAUCAGGGAUGUUGCCGUUGACACUGUGAAGACAGGGAUGGGCGGAGCAACUGGUAACAAAGGGGGAGUGGCCAUCCGCAUGCUGUUCCAUACGACCAGUAUCUGUUUCGUCUGCUCCCACUUCGCUGCCGGCCAAUCACAGGUCAAGGAGAGGAACGACGACUACAACGAGAUCACGCGCAAACUCAGCUUCCCCAUGGGUCGCCUGCUGUACUCUCACGACUACAUCUUCUGGUGUGGGGACUUCAACUACCGAAUCAGUCUGCCCAACGAGGAGGUGAAGGAGUUAAUCAGACAACAGAACUGGGAGGCUCUGACGGCCGGAGACCAGCUCGUGGACCAGAAGAACCAGGGCCUGGUGUUCCGUGGCUUCAUCGAGGGGAACCUGGACUUCGCUCCCACCUACAAGUAUGACCUGUUCUCUGACGACUACGACACCAGUGAGAAGUGUCGAACCCCUGCCUGGACCGACCGCUGCCUCUGGAAGAGGAGGAAGUGGGACUUUGACAAGACUGCGGAGGAGUUGAACAUGGUGGGUCCGGUGGGGGGGAUGGACAGUGAUGAGCAGCAGUACCCUUGGAGCCCUGGGGAGCUGAAAUACUACGGCAGGGCGGAGCUUAAGACCUCAGACCACAGGCCUGUGAUGGCGGUGAUAGACAUCGAUGUACUGGAGGUGGACCCAGAGGCACGCCACCAGGUUUACAAGGAGGUGAUCGCCCUUCAGGGUCCCCCCGAUGGGACCAUCCUGGUCUCCCUCUGCAGCUCUGGACCAGACGACUACUUUGAUGACGCGCUCAUCGAUGAGCUGCUGGACAAGUUUGCCGUGUUCGGAGAGGUCAUCCUCAUCAGGUUUGUGGAGGAGAAGAUGUGGGUGACUUUUCUAGAAGGCUACUCUGCUCUGGCAGCCCUGUCUCUCAGCGCCUCCACGGUGCUGGGCAAAGUGAUAGACAUUCGUCUGAAGAGCCCUGGCUGGAUCAAGAGUCUGGAGGAGGAAAUGAGCGUGGAGAGGAUCUGUGGAACCAUCCCAACCUCAGCCAGCUCCUCCCUCCUGGCGGAGGAUGCUAACCUGGAGGAGGAGGAUUACGACAUGGAGGGGGAUGUAGAUGAAGAGGUGGAGGACAUCGUCCCUCAACACCUCCAACCUGGUGCAGGUUCUGCCCCCCUCUCUUCCCCCCUGCCCUCCCCCCGGGGCAGCCCCACUCACUCCCCCACCCAUGGAGAGCCUGCUGUCCCCAGCCGACCCAGCCGAUCUGCCCCGCGCACUGCAGGGCCCCCUCAAGGCGUUGUCAGCGGAGGCUUAAGUCCCGCCCUCAGAAGGAGAACCAGCAUUGACCAAGGGACACCGGUGGACUUCCAGCCAGGCACUCCCCUGGAGCCUAAACGCCCCCCUCCUCCUCGUCCCAAUGCCCCGCCAGCCAGACCAGCCCCUCCUCAACGUCCCCCACCCCCCUCAGGAGGUCUGAGCCCUGUGCCUAGCAGGAGGGAAUUUGCAGACUUUCUAGGGCCUUUCUCUGGAGAGAAUACACUGAGCCCUGUUGUAACUAGGAGGGCUAGUGAAGGACAAAGAAGCCCUGGGCUGGCCAGACCUGAUUCAGCUCUGGCUAGGAGAGGGAGUGAAGGUCGCGGCCAAUCAGGUCCCGGAGGAGUGCCCAGACCGAACAUCCCUCAGAGGGCUGGGGUGAUCAGCGUGACCCCCCAGACUCGUCCUGCCCAUCCAGGUGCCCCCAGGCCCAUCCCGGAGGCCCCCGGAGCUCCACGUCCCACUCCAGACACCCAUCCUGGAGCCCCCAGACCAGGCCCUGAUGCCCUGACUAAACCAACUGAUCUGCCACUUGGGCCCCCUCCUUCUGGCCUGGCUCCAGUAAGACAGAUCCCCUCUCCGAUGCAGCCGCCCAUGAAGCCCCAGUCUGCGACCCCACCCCAGCCAGCCAUGCAGCCCUCCAUGACUACCCCAAUGCCAGCCCAGUCAAAGCCUCCCACCCAGCCACCAGUGCAGGCCCCAAUGCAGCCGGCCAUGCAGGCCCCAAUCCAGCCGGCCAUGCAGGCCCCAAUGCAGCCGGCCAUGCAGGCCCCAAUCCAGCCGGCCAUGCAGGCCCCAGUGCAGCCGGCCAUGCAGGCCCCAGUGCAGCCGGCCAUGCAGGCCCCAAUGCAGCCGGCCAUGCAGGCCCCAAUGCAGCCGGCCAUGCAGGCCCCAAUGCAGCCGGCCAUGCAGGCCCCAAUGCAGCCGGCCAUGCAGGCCCCAAUGCAGCCGGCCAUGCAGGCCCCAAUGCAGCCGGCCAUGCAGGCCCCAAUGCAGCCGGCCAUGCAGGCCCCAAUGCAGCCGACCAUGCAGGCCCCAAUGCAGCCACAAAUGGCUUCUCCCAUGCUGCCCACACAGGCUGGAGCGGGUUUAGGGGCUCCGGGGGCUGUGGCCCCCCAGGGCCUGUCCUCCCCUAAGCCCCCCCCACGUUCCCGAUCCUCCCAGGUACUGCCCCCGGAGAAUGCUGCUCCAGAGAAGGCCCGUGCUGCCCAGACCAAUGGGAUGAAUGGAAACCAAGGAGAAGCACAAUGGAAGUCUGACCCCUUCGACACACUCACCUCUGACCUCCUCUCUGCCUCCUCUUGGCUCAACACCCAAUCACUGACCAGGAACUCCUCCUUACUCUCUGCUUCUGCUGGCCUCUCCACUCCUCCUCCCUCCUCGUCCUCCACACCCCCUUCUUCCCUCUCUCUUUACUCCCCCCCUCUGUCCACGUUGCAGGGUUUCCACUCUUCAUCCUCCUCUUCCUCCACCCUCCCCCGGGCUCUCACCCCAACGCACCUCCCUCGUCCCCAGAUCGCGUCUCGAAGUCGUUCCCAGGAGGCUCUUGAACGGGCAUCUCCCAACCCCUUCCUGAGUGACCCCAUCCCGGCUCGGCCGAACAGCACCAACCCUUUCACUGGUCCCCUGGUGCAGCAGGGCCAGAGUCGCUCCCUCACACCCGACUUCUCUGCCCAGCAGCAGGCCUCCGGGUCUGGCAUCAACGGCCUUGCUUCCUCCCAGCCCCUCGCCCCUCUCACAGCCCCGUUCCCACUGUUGGCCCCCGGCACGACGCCAGGGGAAUCACCUCCAACGCUCCACUGUGCCAUGACCCUGUUUGGGCCGUCUGGAACCCCUCUGAUCCCUCCUCCAAGAAUCCCUUUCACUCCCGCUCCGGUCCUCCCCCUGGUGCCUCCUUCCUCCGGCCCUGUGCCCUUGUUGCCCCGCCCCCAGCCCCCACGCCCGCAGCCUCGUCUUCCCUCCCGUCCCCAUCAGUGGGUGACCUUCGAUGAUUCGGACUUCCCCGUCCUAGCCAAGGCUUCAUCCGCAGCCCCACCAGCCUCAGUCUUCCCCCCCAGCUCGUCUGGGUUCGACUCGAUCCCGACGUGGCCCUCCUGCUCCACAUUCCCCUCCGUCCCCCCUGCCAUCCCAGCCAGGACGGUGCCUCCUCAGCCACCAGCCCGAGCCACUAACAGCCUCCCAUUCCCCAAGGAGUUCACUGAGAGAUAGGACCCAUCGACCCACAGCCACCACAGAGGAAACAAGAGUACUGAAUAGGCAGGAUGGGCAGGCCAGAGCCGUCUAGAGCUAUAGAGAUAUAAAGUGUGUGUGCGUGUGUGCGCGUGCGUGCGUGUGUGUGCGUGCGUGCGUGUGGUUUGUACAAAGAGUCAGGUAUUUAAGAAAUAUAGGCCAUCCCCCUCACCUUUUUGAAUCCGACUGAAGUUUAGAUGUAUGAUUCCUCACUCUAAAGCAGUUUGAACAGAAUAACGUUUGAACAUGGGUACUGGUGUGUCUGUUGGAACCUCUUUCGAAUGAAAUGUAUGCCGUUUAAUAACGUCUGUUAUUAACAUGUUAUUAACGUUUCACUGUAGUGUUAUUACCGCGUUAAAUCUGUCAUGAUUGCCAUGUUAUUAUGUGAAUAUUAAUGUUUCUCCUGAUGUCUGAUGUUUAUUUUAUUUUUUAUGGCAAAAAAAAAUGUGCCUGUGUGUAUAUAUAGUUCUAUAAACGUAUAUCUAUAUACAUAUAAAUCUAUAUCGCGCUAAAAUAUAAAUAUAUAAACAUAUCUAUAUCUGUACGCACAAUUGUUUGAGCUACUGUGCAAUUUUGGGUGAUCAUCUUUGGGUUGGGUUAUCACUGAUGUUUUGUUCCAUAUGACCACAUCUCUUACUGAUGUGCGCAUUAAGCAGUUUGUCGCAACUCCUGGCACAUUUAGUCAGUAAGGGGACAAUCACAUUCAUGGUUGUCGAUGUAAAUGUUUAACAUCUGUCAGCAGAACUAACGCUGUUCCCAGGUCGGUUAGUCACAAGAUUGGAGAUAUACGCUGCGGACACCUUUGCCGAUUUGGAGUCGGGCCAGGGCACCGCAGAAAACACAUCUCCUGCAUUUUCCCUCUGCAUUAAUCCGAAAUCACCUGGAUGUUACCUGUCUUCAGAUCUCCCAUCUCUCACCUCAUCUGUGCAGUACACUGGCCAUUUAAUCUAUGAUGAAUGUACAUUGCACAGGUUGUUGAACAGCCACAGCGAACCACACUUGGAUUGAUGUUGUACAUAACGUUUUACGGUGAUCACUCAUCCUCUUCUCUCUUCUCCGCUUCGUAGCAUCCUCAGUCUUUUGCCUGUGCCCUGUUCUACCUAGCUGAACCAGUUCCGUAGCCACAUGCUAUACGUUAUGUUGUGACUAUGUACAGGUAGGUUUUCAGAGAGCACGUUACUUUGCAGAGUGUGUGUAUGUGUUUAUUAAAUAUGCACAGUGUGACUGAAAUGUGCUGAAACACUCAAGACUCCGAGCAUGACCGUGUCAAAGUCUUUCAGCAAGUUACAGCAAUGAAAACUGAGAGAAAACAAAUUGUGUGUUUUCAAGCGAAUGCAAGGGCUUCGACCUGGUUUCUCACGAUUCUCUAUCUAAGCGUGUUUGUGUAUAUCUGCAAACUGUUCAUAAUUCCAGUGCAUAUCUUUCUCCUUGAUUUUGAUCCAAACCUUUAUACCGUACUGCUGUCUGCUGUUGUGGAUGAAUGUGGUGUUUCUGUUCCACUGAACGGUGUUGAGGUCAGAGCCUUACAGUUGAGGUGACCGACAGACCAAUUUUAUCAGAUCCCAAACAGUCCUAGUGCUUCUGUUCAGUGGUGUUGCUAUGAAACUUUAAUUUCCUUGCAAAUACAGUACCUUCCUACUUUUUUACUGCUUCAAAGAGAAGUUAUGUCUUGACAUCUAUUUAUUAUUGAAACUAGUAAAAAAAAAAACAAGUGCUGUGCUGUUUGUGAGAUGUCGUAUGUGUGUGUUGGCAUUGCUCUGUGUGUUAGGUGUAAGAGUGUGUACAGUGUUGGCAGGGGGUGGGGGCUAGUAUUGUUUUUCAGCAUUUUAGAUUUAAGUAGCAUUUCAAAUGCUCUUACAGACAGACUUUGUCGGCCAUCUUAACACUGAUGAGAAUAACUACACUUCUAUUUUUGUAACCUGUCAGACGAUCCAUUAAUUUCUCCCUCUCCAUCUCUCUUCACUCCAUUUCACCAUAACCCCCCCCCCUUUUUUUUAUCUUCUUUUAUUUACUUAAGUCUGUGUUGUGUGGUGCUGGGCCUAAAAUGUAAUUUUCGACUGAUUUUGCUCACUUGGAAAGGGUCUAUAGCCCAGUGGAUCACAUCAGUACGGCCAGUUUCCUGGAUAUAGAUUAAACCUUGUCAUGUACUAAAAUGUAUCAAAUGCUUAAUCUCUUAAAAUAGUUUGUCUAUGAUUGGGCUUAAUCUGUUUUCUGCAAACCUCCCCGUUAACUGGUCAUUUUCUGAUGUGUUGUUGCUUUGUCCAUAGAUUGUAAACUUCUUGCUGUGUCUUUCAUUGCAAUCCAAACAGGUCUGUAUUGAAACGUCUCUCUAAACCAGUCUAAUGCAGAUCUGCUGCUACCACUUUCCCUGUAUCGGUCAUUGGAGAAAGGCAAUGUAACCACUACAUGAUAUUAUGCUAGUCAUUAUCAGUCAUGUGCAGUAGAUAGGCGGAGCAUUCAUUUUAGGAGCCUAGCAAGCGCUUAGAGUGUCAUGUCCUGUUCAAGAUGAGAUUUUAUAGGUGAAAAAAAACAUUACUCUUUUGUGAGGUUGGUGUCCCUUUAUACCUUUAAUCCAGAGAAAAGAACCUUGAGUAGGUAAUAUUAUGUAUGUUAAAAAAAACAGAGAACUCCAAUUAAUGUAUUAGUAGCUAUCUAAGGUUCCAUGAUGUAAGUGCACAGCUAAACGCACAUUUAUGUAUAAAGCAAUUUGUGUUGUAUGUAUGUAUGCAAUAAUAAAUGUAAAUUGACCUGAAUGCCA